AUGGACUACUCUAAACCGUUAGUUUUAGUCGUUUUAGUAGCCACAGUGUUUGUUAUCCGCAGGUUUUUCGGUUCAAUUUUCGGUACAAUGGCUGCAUCUCCAGAAACUGUUCAAAAAGUGCAAGCUAUGAUCAAGGACAACAAGAUCUUUGUUGCUUCCAAGUCUUACUGUCCAUACUGCCAGGCGACCGUCAAGCUGCUGUUUGAGGACAAGAAAUUGUCGAAAGAGCAGGUGCUGUUGUUGCAGCUCGACACCAUGAAGGAGGGCUCUGCGAUCCAAGACGCUCUGCAAGAAAUCACCGGCCAGAGAACUGUGCCUAACAUUUUCAUUGCCGGCAAGCACAUUGGAGGAAACAGCGACAUUCAGGCUUUGGAGUCGAGUGGCAAGCUCGACGCGCUAUUGCAAAAGGCAUUGGCCUAA